AUGACGACAAUGGAAUCAGAAUGGCGCCUUGCUGCUCACAUCUUCCUGUUGUCUGCCGCCAUCGGCGGCAUCACGUACCUCCUCCACCGCGCCCUACGUAGUUUCCACCUACGACAAGAGAACAGGAGCCCGCCGCCGGGAGGCAUCGGCAGCUGGUGCCGCGGCUUCGUCGGGGCCGAGACGCUCUCCUUCCUGGCCGACAACAGCAGCGGUAGAGGCUUCUACCACUUCGUCCACACCCGCGCGCUCCGCUACGGCGCCUGCUUCCGCACCAGUCUCUUCGGCCGCACCCACGUCUUCCUCCUCUCUGCAAAGGCACGCGCCGCCGCCGCAUGCCUCCUCGCCGCCGACCCGCCCCACUUCGCCAAGCGCUACGUCCGCACCGUCGCCGACCUCCUCGGAGAGCACAGCCUUCUCUGCACCUCCCACGACACCCACCGCCGCAUGCGCCGCGCCGUCGCGGGACUCUUCGCCUCGGCGUCCACCGCCGCCUUCGCCGAAACUUUCGACCGUCUGACCACCGACCAGCUGCUUGCCACCCAUUUUCAGGACCGGGUCGUCGUGCUGGACGUCGCUCUGGACGUAACUUUCAGGGCCAUCUGCGAGAUGCUCAUCGGGCCGCAGGAUGACUCGCAGAAGCUGGAGCGGCUGCAGAGCGACGUCAUGGACGUAACGCAGGCCAUGCUCGCGGUGCCGCUCAGGCUGCCUGGAACAAGGUUCUACAAAGGCCUACAGGCAAGGAAAAGGAUCAUGGAUGUCCUGAGGCAAGAAAUAUCCAUGAGGAGACAGAGUAGCCUGAAACUAGAUCGUCGCGAUGACUUCCUGCAGACCCUUCUCCUCAAGAGCCAUACGGAUGCGCCUGAAGAAGCGCUCACGGAUGAACAGAUUUUGGACAACAUUUUGACACUCAUAAUUGCAGGGCAAGUGACAACAGCAACGGCAAUCACAUGGAUGAUCAAAUAUCUGGGUGACAACACAGACCUCCAAGAGAAAUUAAGAUCAGUUCAGCUUGAUCUGGCAUCAAAGCACCAUGGUUCACCUCUUUCCCUCCAGCAUCUGAAUACCAUGGACUACGCAUACAAGACGGUCAAAGAAUCCCUAAGGAUGGCGACCAUAGUUUCUUGGUUUCCGAGAGUGGCGCUCAAGGACUGUCAGGUUGCAGGAUUCCACAUUAAGAAGGAUUGGAUCGUAAACGUCGACGCAAGGUCCAUACACUAUGAUCCGACCAUCUACCAUAAUCCAACGAUGUUUGACCCUUCCAGGUUCAAUGAUGAUAUGAAGCCAUACAGCUUCUUGGUAUUCGGAGCGGGCGGUAGAACAUGUCUGGGAAUGAACCUUGCCAAGAUUAUGAUGCUAAUAUUUCUUCAUCGCCUCGUGACCAAUUUCAGAUGGGAGAUGGCCGACCAUGACACAAGCCUGGAGAGAUGGGCAAUGUUUCCAAGGCUUAAGAACGGCUGCCCAAUUUGUCUCACACCAAUACACAAGAAGAUGUACUGAUGUACUACUAGUAAAUAUAUCAAGAUAUGCAUCACUUUAUGAAGCUGU